CUGGGUGACUGUAGGCGCCUCUCGAGGAAUAGGCUUGGAGUUUGUCAAGUGACUGCUGGAGUCAGUAGAGUAGGUGCAGCAUUUCACAAUGGGUCGACUACACAAAGACUAUUCGAGAUAAUUGCUUCCAAAAAUGCUCAAGAGAGAUGCAUUGUGGAGCAAUGUGAUAUCUCGAGCGAUGAAAGUAUCACUUCAUUCAUAGGAAGAUUAAGGAUUGCUCUAGGUAAGGGCAUGAUGCUCGGAAAUGUCGUGCUUAACGCGGGAGUGUUGAAGUACCAAGGGCGAGCGACUGAAGUGUCUUUCUCCGACUUUGCUCUCCAUCUACAUACCAAUACCGUCGGGCCCAUUAUUGGCGCACGGAAACUGCUCGAUCCCAGCGUGGAUUAUCCGCCUCCCAAGAUUAUCUUUAUCUCAUCCGAUUCUGGGUCGGCAACUCGGUUCUUGGAUUUUGAAGAUGAAUUUGGAGCCUUUGCCGCAAGCAAGAGCGCGCUCAACCAAAUAUUACGCCACAUGGCGGCCGAGCUGCAACGGUCAGAUCAGAAGAAACGUGGGACAGUCAUUUUAGCGCUUCAUCCUGGAGGGCCCGGCUGGGAAGUGAAGGGAUCCAUCAGCCCUUCUGAGAGCGUAUCCGCGAUCCUUCAUGUCGUUUCUGAAAAGGGUGAAGGGGAUAGCGGUACAUUUUGGUGCUGGAAUGGA